AGCCAGGACGCCCCUCGAGUUGCAACCACUGUCCGACCUUGAUCCAAGCUCAUCUUUCCACGGAUCACUAGAACGGUCCACACAUCCGUGAGAUCUGGAGAAGAGAGCUCACAAGAUGGAUCCCUCCUACGUCCAAAACCUUCAUCAGCUCCUCGAGGCGACGCUGAACCCAGAUACCAAUGUCUUGCGAGCAGCCACCACCCAACUCAACACUCAAUACUACAAAUCCCCUCAAUGUAUCCCUGCUUUGUUCGAGAUCGCCGUGACUAGCUCCAACCAAGCUAUCCGUCAACUGGCUGGUGUCGAGCUGAGAAAGAGAAUCGCCAGCGGCGAAGGCAAGCUUUGGAAGAAGACAGAUCAGAGUACACGGACGCAAAUCAAAGAAGCUCUGCUUCAGCGUCUGACCCAGGAGCCAAGCGCUCCCGCUCGUCAUGCCCUCGCCCGAAUAGUCUCUGCCAUUGCCGACAUUGAACUCACUACUCAGCCUGUCCAGUGGCCAAGUCUAUUACCCGGUCUCUAUGCCGCUGCACGUUCGCAAGAUGCGUCUCAUCGUGAGAUAGCAGUCUAUGUCCUCUUUGCUAUCUUGGACACUGUCGCCGACUCAUUCGAAACGGAGCUCAAGAAUCUCUUCCAAUUAUUCGCUACCACCCUUCUUGAUCCCGAGAGCAACGCCGUCCGCAUGACUACCCUUCGAGGUUUGGCCAAGGUCGCAGAGUACAUUUCGACAGACGACAAACAUGAUAUCAAGGCUUUCCAGGAACUUGUGAUGCCCAUGUUGAAGGUCACUCAACAAGCUAUCAAUGAUGAAGACGAUGAGGGUGUCAAGCAUGCCUAUGAUGUGUUUGAAACAUUGAUGAUCCUCGACACACCGCUCGUCUCCAAACACGUCGGCGAACUCACUCAGUUUUUCCUGACCAAUGCCGCCAACAAGGACGUCGAUGAGACUAUGCGAGGAGGGGCUCUGAACGUUUUGGCUUGGAUCGUCAGAUAUAAGAAGAGCAAAGUCCAAGCUUUGGGACUCGCCAAACCCAUCAUCGAAGGCCUUUUGCCAAUCGGUUGUGAGGAUGACCCAGAAGACGUCGACGAGGACUCUCCAUCGCGCCUCGCAUUCCGAUGUCUCGAUGCUCUGUCCCAGGCUCUACCUCCUCAGCAAGUCUUCCCCGUCCUCACUGCCCAACUCCAAGUCUACAUGUCUGGUGAUGCGCGCAUGAGGAAGUCGGCCCUGAUGGCUUUCGGUGUCUCUGUGGAAGGCUGCAGUGAAUUCAUCAGGCCCCAUGUUGAUCAAUUGUGGCCAGCUAUUGAAGGUGGUCUCCAGGACGCCGAAGUCAUCGUCCGUCGAGCAGCCUGUAUUGCUCUCGGAUGCCUGUGCGAAUGGCUUCCAGAGGAGUGCGCCACUCGCCAUGCCACCAUCGUUCCCAUCCUCUUCAACCUCAUUGUCGACGAAUCGACCCAAAAGAAUGCCUGUACGUGCUUGGACUCGUACCUCGAGAUUCUUGGCGAAGACAUCGUCAACUACCUCACCCUGCUCAUGGAGCGCUUGUUGGUCUUGCUUGAAGGUGGUGCCAUCCCCGUCAAGAUCACCGUCACCGGAGCGAUUGGAUCUGCUGCCCACGCCGCCAAGGAGCGAUUCACACCCUACUUUGACCAAACCAUCAAACGACUUGUCCCUUUCCUCACGCUUCAAGGAUCCGACGAGCAAUCUGAUCUCCGUGGUGUGGCGACGGAUACCAUAGGUACCAUCGCUGAUGCGGUCGGCGCGGACAUCUUCAGACCCUACUUCCACGAUCUGAUGAAGUCUGCAUUCGAGGCUUUGACCAUGGACAACACUCGACUUAGAGAAUCCAGCUUCAUCUUCUUCGGCGUCAUGGCUCAAGUCUUUGAAGGCGAGUUCGCAGGAUACCUUCCUCAAUGUGUUCCCGCCUUGGUGGCCAGUUGUCAACAGAGCGAGUCCACCGACGAGCUACUCGAGGAUGGAGAAUCGUCAGGGGCCGCCAUCGCUGAGGCAUUCGCCAGUGGAUCCAGUCGAAUCCUCGACGAGGAUAUCACGGGAGAAGACGACGGUGAAACGGAUAUCAACGCCCUUGAUGCCAUGUUCGCAAAAGUCAACAGUGCCGUUGCGAUCGAAAAGGAAGUCGCUACGGAUACGAUUGGCGAACUGUUCACAGCGACCAAAGAGGCCUUCAUGCCUUACAUCGAGGAGACUGUUCAGAUCCUCAUUGAUCUUUUGGACCACUAUUACGAAGGAAUCAGGAAGAGUGCUGUUGGAUCCCUGUUCGCAUUCAUCAAGACUAUCUAUGACCUGUCUGAUCCCCAAGAGUGGAUUCCUGGAGCUGUGGUCCGCGUGCCAUUGCAUGUCGACGUCAAGAAAUUGGUCGAUCACAUUUUGCCAAAGAUCUUUGAGUUGUGGCAAACUGAGGAUGACAAAUCCGUCGUCAUUCUCGUCUGCUCCGAGCUGGCCGAGACUAUGAACAAGUGUGGACCAGCUCUCGUUGAGGGAUACCUCGACUUGAUCGCCACCAACGCUAUCGAGAUCCUCGAGAAGAAGUCGCUGUGUCAGCAAGACCCUGACGGUGAUGAUGAGAACGUCGAGGAUGCCGACUCGUCCGAAUAUGAAUCAGCCCUCAUCUCCAACGCCUCGGAUGUCUUUGGUGCCAUGGCGUCCAUUCUUGGACCAGACUUUGCUCAGGCCUUUGGCAAGGUCCUGCCGCUGAUUUCCAGAUACUCUGAACCCAAACGGAUCAGCUCAGAAAGAUCCAUGGCUGUGGGCUGUCUUGGAGAAAUCAUUGUCGGAUUAAAAGAUGGUGUCACACAAUUCACUCAACCAUUGCUCGAGAUCAUCUCUCGUGGUCUGCGCGAUGAGGAACCCGACGUUCGAUCCAACGCGGCUUUCGCUUCUGGAGUGUUGAUUCAAGAAUCAUCCCAAGAUCUCUCAUCUCAAUUCGUCCCCCUCCUCACUGCUCUCCAACCGUACUUUUCAGCUCCGGAGCAUUCGGCACCGGCAGUGUACAAUGCCAGGGAUAACGCAGCAGGAGCCAUCUCUCGAAUGAUCGUCAAGAAUCCGAAUGCUCUCCCUUUGGAUCAAGUCUUGCCGGUCAUUGUCUCCGUCAUGCCUCUACAGUUCGAUCCAUUGGAGAACAAGGCUGUAUACGCGGCCAUCUUUUCACUUUUCAGGACACGAUCCGAAUUGCUGAUGCCGCAUAUCGAUCACUUGCUCAAAGCUUUCGCGUAUAAUCUUGAUACCGCCCAUGAUGACGAUACGACAGACGAGACAAAGAAUGAAUUGAGAGCUCUGGUCGAGCAUUUGAGAACACAGGUACCGGACAAGGUCGCUCAAGCGGGAUUGUAGAUUAGGUGAGAUGAUGUACAUAGAGACAGGUAGAGAGAGACCAUAUACCUUAUAUCAUGCGCAUCACAUCACAUCAUACGUUGAUACGCUUUAGAUACCCCUCUCUUUUCUUUUCUUUUGUCGACAACACAUAAUGAUGCAU